GGACCAUAACAGAAGAAGAAAAACGCAUGUCAGAGAUUGCAACAAGAUUACAAUCCACCGUUACCGAAACGGAAAUACGAGGUUGCAGUGAUAGACCUAACAUAUGUGGCAAGGAAGCCGCCUGCCGCAGUUUCGAAAAUAACACUUCCAAAUGUGUUUGUCCGCAUGAUUUGUCCUCCCCAACUUCUGACCUCAAAUGCCCUAAUCGACUUACUGUAUCACUGACGCCACGGAUAAUAAACAUCAUAGUACCUUCUAGUGCCAAUUUCACAAAUACCACAACAGCUUUACCUAAAACAGAGCAGGUAAAUCUUCUUUAUAACAUUAAUUAGAACCGAUUCUUUAAAUUCUUAUCAAUUCAGAGACUAUCUG